UUUGCUCAUGCAGGUUUUUAAGAUGCGCAUAAGGGAAAGGAUAGAUCCUUUUUUCGAUCCUUAUUCAGCCUUUACUUUACAGCUAGUUGUCAACAUUCUGCAAUAGAUGGCAAGAUGAUAAUAUUGUGUUUUUGCUUUAGACAACAGACUAUACCUGUUUAAACUGUAAAAAUCUGUCACUGUCAUUUUGAAAGAGAUCGUUACUCGUUAUCGGCCGCCUGAGGAUUUUGUCUCAUUAUUUGAGUGAUAGCAAUUUACACCUUUCCCUUUUUCUAAACAGAUUUGAUUACAAACUUGCUGCUUGCUGUAAGGUUUUGUGGAAGGAUUCAGGAAAGCUGGACAAAAGCUUUAAGGGGAAAUACGUACAACGUUUAAGAUGCCUGACACAAAAAUGUACGAUUCGUCUCAAAUUAUGAAUUCCAUGCCGAAAGCCGAAUUACAUGCUCAUUUGAAUGGUUCGCUGAGCCUAUUAACCAUACGAAAGUUAAUAGAUCUAAAAUCGUCUCAUAAUUGUGAAGACGUGCACAACCUUGAAUCAAUCAUUACAAAAUUAUGUGACGAAAAACAUAAUAAAACACUCGAUGAGUGCUUCGAGGUCUUUAAAAUAAUCCACCAGUUAACUGACAGUGAAAAAAGCAUUUACAUAGCAACAGUCGAUGUGGUAAAAGAAUUUGCCGAAGAAAAUGUGCGCUACUUGGAGCUCAGAACCACUCCACGUGCCAUUGAUGGAUCUCUUGACACAUAUGUAGAUGCCGUAAUUAGAGCCAUUGAUGAUUGUCGUAAAGAAGAAGUUCCCAUCCUUGUUAAAUUAUUGCUAUCAAUCGAUCGAAGUCGAGGAGUUGAAAUAGCCCAAAAAAUUGUGGAUUUAACCAUUUCCCUCGGACACGCUCGCAAAGACGUUGUUAUCGGACUGGAUGUUUCUGGAAAUAUGGCACAGUCGAAUGUUACUGAUUAUUUCCCGUUGCUUCAUAAAAUUAAGGAGGCCGGACUAAAGCUCACUGUACAUACUGCCGAAAUUAGGAAUGACGCUGAAACCGAAGCAAUUCUGCGAUUAAAACCUGAUCGAAUAGGUCACGGAACUUUUAUUUCUCCAUCGCUGAUUGGAAGCCCACAUUUACUUGGACUUUUGAAGGAGAACAAUAUACCAGUGGAGCUCUGCUUGACUUCCAAUAUAGUGUGCAAAACUGUGCCUAGGUACCAAGAUCAUCAUCUAAAGAUUUUUCUUGACCACGGCAUUCCAUUCUGCAUUUGUACCGACGACAAGGGCGUGUUCUCAACCAGUCUGAGCCAAGAAUAUCUCAUCGCUUUUCGGACUUUCAACUUCACCCUUUCAUCUAUGUGGAGCUUUUCUCGGAAAUCGCUGGAUUACACGUUUGCUACCGAAAACGAAAAAGAACAUUUGAAGAAAAUAUGGAAGGAAUGGGAGCAUGAAAAUGUAGAUUUGAAUUUGGUGAAUAGCCAGGAGACAAAUGAAUGAAAAGGUGUAUGAACCAUGUGCAAUAUAACCAAACUAACCACUA